AUGUUUUGUACUAAAAGGGGUAGUGCAGGAAUAUUCACCUAUUGUCUAUUGACUACGCCAUUUCGACCUGAUAUUGUAUUUGAAGCAGUUGGUCAAAUUCCUUAUGAUAAGCAACUGAAACAAGUGCCUACUAAUGGUUCAUUAGGAUUCUUAUUGGUUGGAGGUUCCAGUUAUCUUGGUAGUCAAAGAGGAACUUGGCGUCCUCAAGAUAUAUUUUUAGAUACUGCUAUACAAUUACAACUCGUUUUUGCUCAAUGGAUACAAAACACCUACACUUUAGCAUCUAAUGCAACGGCUCCUGGUAAGAAUAGGCUGUGUGUUCGAGCCCCGUCAGUUUCGAUAGAUCCAAUGGAUACAUCAAUUAAUUUCUUCCUUUUUAUGAAAGGAUGUCAGGGGAUGCGCUCUACCAUUGAGCUAAUAGCCUGUUGUACAAGCCUCUCACUGGGGGCUGUUAUGCCAAAAAAAGUUGGGUCAUCUCAGAUCCCAUAUAUACACAUAAAAAUUAUUAUAUCUUUAAGAGGUCCUGAAAAAUUGAACCCAUUUUACUGUAAUAUUGUUUAA